UUAUGUCGCCCUCACGAUCACUUGUUUGCAUUUGAGAAUUGAGACGCGAGAUUUGAAAAUAAAUUCGGAAGCAUCGGCAUUACUUCACGUCAUCAUGGCAGGCGUUUUGCGUGAACGAUUUUCAAAUAUUCCUCUUACUCAAGAAAAGAAGAGCUUAAAUGACUCUUCUACUCAUGACAAAAAGCCAUCAAAGAAAAAUUCUAAAGCUCCUGCACCACCUGUAAAACAACCAAAAAGAUGUUUCCAAGAGGGUAUGAGAGUAUGGGUUGCUAACAGCAAUACAGAAGACAACUGCCCCUGGCUAAGAGGUACCGUCACAGCAGCAAGAAAGAAUGGGAAAGUGAGUGUGAGAUUGGAAAGCAGUGAGGUCAUUGAUGUUUCACGAAGAGAAGAUUCACUGCUUCUAGCUGGAAACAACAACUAUGCAGAAGUGGAUGACCUAACAAAUCUUUCAUCGCUCAAUGAGGCCGAAGUAUUAGAGAGUCUGGAGUGCAGAUUCCAUAACGGUCAGAUCUGCAGUAAAGCAGGUGAAACUCUAGUCAGUCUGAAUCCAUUCAAGGAAAUCUCUGGUUUAUAUGAUGAUACUGCCAUUCAACAAUACCAUCAAGAUCAAACUAGUGACCAAACAUUGAAGGGGGAAGCCCCACAUGUGUUUGCUGUUGCUGAGAAAGCCUUUUCUAGUCUUCGCUAUGCCAUAGGUAACCCCAACCAGUCCAUUAUCGUCAGUGGAGAGAGUGGAGCUGGGAAGACUUGGAACACCAGGUGUUUGAUGAAAUAUCUCACUUCAGUGGCACUAUAUAAAAAUCCAGGGGGCUUUUCACCUCCACCUGUGAAGUGCAUCGAGAGAAGGAUAUUGGAUUCUAAUCCCAUCCUUGAAGCAUUUGGCAAUGCUGGUACAGCCCGGAAUCACAACAGCAGUAGGUUUGGAAAGUAUAUACAGCUACAGUUUGACAGGGGUUCCCAUAUCAUUGGUGCCUCUAUCCAGACAUAUCUCUUGGAGAAGACUAGGCUUGUUCACCAGGCUGAUGGAGAAAGCAACUUUCACAUAUUCUACCAGAUCGUGAAUGAGGCAACAGAAGAACAGAGGGCAGAAUUGGGUCUGACCACACCCACUGGUGAUGAUGUCAUGUUUGCUUACCUCCCAUUGGAUGAUGGUAUCCAGUCAAGAGCCAAUGAGAAUCAAGUAUUUAGCAGAACCCAGCAAGCUAUGAAGAAUGUAGGCAUUACUCAUAUGCACCAAGAAAAUAUAUUUCAGGUGUUGAGUGGUAUCCUUCAUCUUGGCAAUCUAGAGUUUACAUGUGAUGAGGAAUUUGAUCCUUGUGAAUUAGAUGAGGAAGUGUGCCAGGAAUCCCUAGAGCAUGCAUGUAGACUGCUAGGUCUGGACCCUACCAGUCUGACCACAUCUCUCAUCUACCGGCGCAUCACUGCAUCACACAGCAAGCGCCAAAGUGUGUUCUUGAAACCAUGCUCAGUGGAGGAAGCUGGUGUGAGGAGGGACUGCGUGUCAAAGGUUAUGUAUGCACGAUUAUUUGACUGGUUGGUUGCCUUCCUGAACAAGCAUACAUCGGCCAAUCAGUGGCAUGCUUUCAUAGGUCUCCUGGACAUCUAUGGGUUUGAGAGCUUUGCCAGCAACAGUCUUGAGCAGCUCUGUAUCAACUAUGCUAAUGAGAAACUACAGCAACACUUUGUGAUGCACUUCUUGAGAGCUCAACAGGAAGAAUAUGAGAAGGAAGGAAUUUCUUGGAAUUUCUGUACUUUCAGUGACAACCAACCUUGUCUUCAGACCAUUGAGGGCAAACUCAGUGUAUUAUCUCUCAUGAAUGAAGAAUGCCGACUGAACCGCCAAUCUGACACGACAUCUUUUGAGGAGAAACUGUUAGCAGCGGUAGAUAGUCCCUUCUUGACCAAAGCUCCUAUGAAUCAUCCACAAUCAGCGUUUACCAUCAAACAUUACGCUGGAUUGGUCACCUAUGAUAUACCAGGCUUGAUAGAAAAGACUAAGGAUCCAAUUCCAAUGGAAUUGAUUGAAGUUUUGAUGGAAAGCACAAAUCAGUUUGUGACCAAGAUCAUUCAGCCUGAACAAGAGAGGUUGCAGGAGCUCCAGAGUAAGGGAUCCAAAUCAAAACUCAGCAAGACUGUUGUUUCAAGAUUCAAGGAGUCUUUGGGGAGUCUAAUGACCACACUGACCUCUACGACUCCUCACUACAUCAGAUGCAUAAAACCCAAUUUUCAGUGCCAGCCAGACUUGUUUGACAGCCGUUUUGUUGCCUCUCAGCUGAGAGCUUGUGGUGUCUUGGAAACUGUGGCUAUCAGUGCUGCAGGGUUUCCUUCAAAGUUAUCACAUGCAGAUUUCUGUGAGAGAUACAGUAUCCUCCUUCCCAAGGAGGAGACGGAUGACCAAGGGUCAAUACGAAACAGAUGUAGACUCAUCUACAGGAGCUUGUUUAGUGAUGAUGAUAAGGAGAAUCAAUCAGAUAGUUCAUCCACUCAGCAGCUUGGCAAGACAAAGAUCUUUCUUAGAGAAGGCCAGUUGGAAUACCUUGAGAGUCAACGUAUGAAGAAGCUUUCCCAGUGUGCUGCCAUAAUCCAGAGAGCCUGGAGAGUUUACAGAGCUCUUGUCAUAGGGGAGAGAGAAUGGGCUGCUUCAGUUAUACAAGCUGGUUAUCGAGGUUGGAGGGUACGUAACGCCAUCAAGAUCAUGGAUCAUGCAGCUAGGGUGAUACAACAUGCCAUGUUGGACUACUUGUUCAGAAAGAGGCAGGAGAGACUAGAUGCAUCUAUCUAUGAAGAUGAUUUUGAAGAAGAGCAGGAUGUGGACAACAUCGGGGGAGUCGAGGAGGAUGAGAAGAUGGAAAGCCCUUCCAUACCCACAGCCAAGCUACAAAGGAAGUCUGUUCACUUUGCAUCAGAACUCACCAGCAUCCGUGAGAUCUACUCCCCAAGUCCUCUUCCAACCCCAACCCUCACACCAUCAUCCCUGGACUGCACCACAAGGAAGAUUGUCUUCACUGAGAACUCACCAGACUUCCAACGCCUCUCACCCGUCUCAUGUCACCAUGGCAAUGAGGGAGUGGCCAAGACAGACAAGGAAGAAGAGGAGAGAGAGAUGGAUAAGAAAGAGGAGGAAGGAGUUGUUGCUACGGUGACCAACAUCUUAAAGAAACCUGCAGUUGAUAUUGCCUUGGUGGGACUGGUCACAACCUUGUUGAUAACAGGGCCUCUCAGAUGGACUUGAUUCUCAAAUAUUUAGUUUCCCAAAGAAAUACUCCUAAAUAUUGUAUUCAAUAGACCAACUUUGAUACCUGAUAAAAUUUUUUAUAAUUUGUAUGUUUUUAAUAUUGAGAUAUUAUGCUCAGAGUUUCUAAUUUUAUUAUAAGAUCAGUACUACUUUUCCAGAUAGACGUGCCUUCACAAGUUCAUGAUGAUAUCCAAUUUGCUUGAUUUUCAUAACUACUGUUUUCUGACUUUAGGCCAUUAGAAGCUAUUCAAAUUUAUAUACAAUAAAUGUCCAUACCUGUUUGUAUAUUCACCUGAUUUGGAAGUUGUUUGGGAUAUUGUUAGUGAUUUCUAUGAGAGCACAAAUCCACCCAAAAUAAUAGAUUUAUAUGAAUAAAUAGAGAAAAAUGAUAUGGGCAUAUGAUGAAUAUGUCAUCAAAGUGUAAAUUGCCUUAUUUAUGGAAAUAAGUGAAAUUUACAAUUUAAUCUAUCAUUUAACAUCUGAUUUUUAUUGAAUUUGCAUUAUUGUUGUUCAUUUUUUCUUUUUUUCAAACCUACUUUUUGUUUUGGUUGGCCUUCACUGGAAUCAACUUGUGUUUGCUGGAUUUACUUUUCUACGGGGGGGGGGGGGGGGGGGUUUUGGGGGGACAGGGAAUAUAUAAGGCACCAGUAUAUAGUUGCCUUUUAAAUAACAAUAUCAUUCUUUAAUAUUUUUGAUUGAAAUAUAUAUUUUUUCCAGACAUUAAAUGGCUAUGUGCACUGUAUGAUCGUGUUGUUGAUAUUAAACCGAACAUAAACAUUGCCCUCUUCUAUGCACUGUACUUAACACUUUGUUUGGACUAGCAGUGAUUUCUAGGGGGAAUGUAAGAAAGAAAAGAUGCAAAGUGCUCAGUGUUGAAGCGGCCAUUCUUAAUCAAAUGACACUCUGACACACUGAUUUUCUUAAUUUAUUCAAUGUUUGUGUACCAUUUUGAUAAGGAAACCUAACAAUAUUUUGUGCAACCUCAUAUAGCUUGAAUCCUGGCCAGCGUCUAACACAAUUGCUAUCCCACAUUCAAUAUCAUUUGAGCUGAUCCCGAAUUAGGGUUAGCUAGCAAUAGACAGCGCGUGUCACAGACUUUGAUAAGUAUCUGCGUAAAAGGGCUAAGUAAAUAUGAUCAGUUUACACCAAAUAACAGCCAAUAACUAAUUCCCCAUUGGCUUAUGUACAAAACUUCCCGUCGGAUCUGUCAGAACUGUCUUGUCAGAUUGCAGUCUAAAAUAUAGAUUAGUAAAUAUAAUAAUCAUAUUGGAUAUUUUUUUUCUUCAUGUGAUACCAGAAAUAUACUGCUCAUUAGUUUACAAUAUUUUUGUAUCCCAUUGUGAGCCAUGCAAUAAAAUAUAAAUAUUCUAACCAGUCUGUAAAGCUUUCAUUGUAUUUUACCUUCUCGAAUUUGAGGAAAGAAGAUGAUUCAAGAUUAUUAAAUGAUAUUCCAAAGUCUUGCAAUUUAAAGGAAUAGUUAUGGUGAAUUUUAAUUAUUGUGGACAUCUUCUUGGGGGAAAAAUGGAAUUGCACAUAUUUUUUUAAUAUGAAUUUGAGAUCUAAUUCAAGAAAAAUUGUGAUACAAAGUUUUCAGUGGCAUUAAACAUUGAUAUUUAUUUAAUUAAGAAACAAACUUUGCUUUUACCUUAAAUUAUAAGGUUAGAAUAAAGUUUGUUUCUUAAUUAAAUAAAUACCAAUAUCCCACAGUUGCAAGGAAAGAUCAUGCCUCUUAAUUUUCCAAGAUUUUUAUCAUUUUAUAAAUACAUUUCAGUUUUUAUGCUCCCAUUAGUUUUCAAGCCUUUGUGGUGUUUUAAUGAACAAAAGCUUGUAAUAAAUACAUAGUAGUGAUCAUUUGCAAUUGUGCAAAAGGCAUAAGUAAUGGUGCUUUAAAAAUUCAAUGUAUGAAAUGUAAAUACAAUUGAAAUAUAUAAAAAAAAAAAUGUCUUUAAAACUAAUUCAGAUUAUAUAUUGUAGUAAGAAUAUUUCUGAUUUCCAUCAGCAUGCAGGAAUGAACUGAAUUAUGUGAAUAAAGUAAAUUGUUUGAACAAA